CCGAGUUAAGACCCCGUUUCUGGCCGAAGAAUGCCACCGCAACCAGAGAUCCCCGGCUGUCUGUCUUUUGACUCACGCUUUCGCAACCGACAUCUUCCGCAAAGAGUGCGACGCAAUGGAGGCAAAAUUUCCGAGUUCACGUCUCAAAAGUGAACAUCUACGAUAUGUGCGACCGACUACACCACCACACCACACAACUUCCCCCCAUCCAAGUCACUACUACCGAUUUAACUGACCAUUAUCCAUCGCACCAAACAUCAAGAUGAUUCGGGGACGGUCCAGGAUCCCGAAAAUCGUCGUCGCGGCGCUCGCCAGCUAUGUUCUUCUCACAUUACUGCUCAGUGAGAAAGGGGGCCAUUAUUGGAAUAAGGAUUGGGUGGAUAUUGCGCGCACCACGUUGGAGGAUCGCGCGUUGGAGCAUAUUCAGAAUCAGACGCUUGGGUUUGAACACAUAUACGCCAUCGGGUUGAAAGAGCGAACAGACAAGCGAGACUUCCUCACACUGGCUGCCUCCAUGGCCGGCUUCCAAGUAGACUGGCUGGAUGGUGUGCGACCGGAUGAAUUUAGCGAGAAGGCCUUGCCGAAUGAAAACGGACUCAAGUCGUCGGAAAUCGGAUGUUGGCGCGCGCACAUGAAUGCCCUAUCUGACAUCGUCGAAAACUCCUACUCUACAGCCCUCAUCCUGGAGGACGACGCCGACUGGGACAUCAACAUCAAAAAGCAACUCCCCGAAUUCGCACGCGGCGUCCGCGCCCUCACCGGAAACACUGACUCGUCGCGCAACGCCCCCUACGGCACGAACUGGGAUAUCCUCUGGGUCGGUGGCUGCGCCUCGGCGGCCUCUCCCAACGAGACCCAGUUCUACGCCAUCCCGAACGACCCGACCGCUCCGAGUGUAGAGCACCGCGGCACCUGGGGCGGACCGCUCGAUGCAUGGAAGAGGAAGUUCCCGGAGAACUCGACGCGGUUCAUCUACCGGGCUGAGAUGGGGUGCUGCACGUACGGAUACGCGGUGACAAAGCGCGGCGCGGAGAGGAUUCUGGCUGCGUUGUCGGUCGAUCGCCUCGUUGCUGCGGUGGAUAACUCCAUGUCGGAUAUGUGUGGCGGCAAGGACGGGCGCGAGCAGAUCGAGUGCUACGCGCCGUUUCCCAAUAUGAUCGGGACGUAUAAGGCGGCGGGUCGCGCGUCCAAGGACUCGGAUAUCCAUGGCGGUAGCGACGAGUGGCAUGAGGCGCAGGCCUGGAAUUUGAUGUAUAGCACCAGACUCAAUAUCCAUCGCCUCGUCGCGGGCCAGAACAAGGUCUAUGCCCAGUACGAUGAGGGGUUCCCUUGGUCGCGCCGCGUCGUGAACAGGGAGGACUUCGAGUAUCCGAGGGGGAUCUUGUCACUUUCAUCAGCUAUCAGGUCAUUUCCAACAGUAAGCUCACGACACAUCAUCACACAGCUGUCGACGGAAACAGGGACAGGAGUCCAGCCAGGGCCCCAGGGGCCGAGGACCUGGACCUGGGCACCCACAUUCCGGACCCGCGAUCAUCCCUUUCUGGCGUCCGUUUCCGGAACCCUAUCCCAACACCCAGAAACGACAAGAGCCAUUCCAAUUGCUCUCACAAUGGUUGUUGCAGGACCAGACCCGAAGGAGGAGGUCCAGGAGCAUACAGGGCUGCUCAACUCGUUGAAUUGCGAUUCAGCGACCCCUCCACCGGACGAUGUCAAGCUCGAGCUCGGAUACUAUACCACCGAUGACGAGAAGAGGCUCUCAGACGCGCCAGAGCCGCAGGGUGGAAACAUUCGGCUUCUCAUUUGGAUGACAAUCAACAUUGUCGCAACUGUUGCCAUUGUCUUCACCAACAAAUCCGUUCUCUCGAACGCAAACUUCCGCAACUCGCAGGUCUCUUUCGCAGCCUACCACUUCACCAUCACGGGUUUCACACUAUGGCUCGCAUCCCGACCCUUCUGCGGCUGGUUCGAACCGAAGCAUGUGUCUCCAUACCGCAUCCUCCAUCUCGUCGCGGCGAUGUGCAUCCAGGUCAUCUUCCAAAACCUGGCUCUGGCGUACUCGUCGGUUAUAUUCCAUCAGCUGGCCCGUCUGCUCCUUACCCCCGCGACGGCGCUACUGAAUUAUACUCUAUACCAGUCUAGCAUACCCAAAUCUGCAUUUCUGCCGCUGGUGUUGCUGUGCACCGGAGUCGGGAUCGUCUCGUAUUUCGAUUCUCUCCCGUCGUCCCACGGGAACGAUACCACUUCGCCUGAGGGGAUAUUCUUCGCUCUUUCGGGAGUCUGUGCCAGUGCGCUGUAUACCGUGUUGGUCGGGAGAUACCACAAGAAGCUGGAGAUGAGCAGCAUGCAGCUUCUGUUGAACCAGGCGCCCGUCAGUGCUGCUGUCCUGGUGUGUAUUGUUCCGUGGAUGGAGACGUUCCCCGUUGUCUCGACUGUGCCGGGAUCGCUGUGGGCUUCUAUCCUAGCGUUUUAUAUCAUCGACGCGGCGGGUCCAGUGACGAGCACCGUGAUCGGACAGCUGAAGACUUGCAUCAUCGUGGGCUUGGGGUGGAUGCUCAGCGACCAUCGGAUUAUGCACCAGAGCAUUGCAGGGAUUUUCCUAGCUCUGACGGGGAUGAGCUUGUAG